AUGCGUGUCUUUUGGAAGUUUUUGAUCCUAACAUUAGCGGCUGUUGUUUAUCAAACACAAUCCAGUCCACAGAACGAGCUUCAUGACGAGACGGACUCAUCGCUCACGGAUCGGAUCGAUCAUAUUGAACGUCUUCUAUUGAAUUUGAAAAAACAGGUGGAAUCUAUAAAAUUACGUAGCGAGAUUCGAAAUAUACAACAUAGAAUUUCUGUUGUUGAAAAUGAGAUAGUUUUUCAUGUUCAAGCAUUUGUACUUAUAAUUACAAGUUUGGUUAAUGGGAGUGGUCAUCAAGGAAUUACAGGACCUACGAGUAGAGCUGGUUUAUCUGAAUUUCCUGGAGCAAAAUGUGAAUGUGAUUUAAAUGGAUGUCCAGGAUUGCCAGGAGCCAAGGGUGAGCCUGGUUUACCUGGACUACCGGGAGCACCAGGAUCUGCGGGCAAAGAUGGUUCUCCUGGAUUGCCUGGACUUUCAGGAAUCAAGGGUGAGCAUGGAGUUAUGGCGCAAGCAGCAGUAGCAAAUUGGGACCGUUACUCUGGUCCUCGUGGAUUACCUGGAGCUCCAGGAGCCAAGGGCGAGCGUGGUUUACCUGGAGUUCCAGGAGACAAGGGCGAACGUGGCUUACCUGGAUCUCUGGGAUCAUCUGGAUAA